AUGCCUCUAUUAACUACUGAACAAAUCGACAUUCUUAUGGAACAAUUUAACUCCGUACGCCAAGAAUUGCAAUGUACCAAUUGCAAGCAUCUCGACACUUUCUAUAAGAAUGGCCAUAACUCCAAAAUGGAACCUCCUCAGCCAGGAUUUAUUUGUAAAUCUUGCAACAAAACCUACAAUGCUUAUAACAUGCUCCAUAUCGUUGACGAAGUCUAUGCUCUCACCACUGAGUCGAACCUCACAGAAGACAUGGAACUUUCUGGACCCUCCAUCCAAGACUCCAAAGACAUACUUGCCGUAAACUCUGACGCUGAUUUACAGUCCGUCGUGAACCGCCUAGUAGCAGAACUUCAACAGACCAAAACUGCACUCCUAAAUGCGCAAAAUGAGAUCCAACAACUGCGCCAGCAAUUUCCUGACCUUUCACAGAAAGCUGCUUCUAUCGACCAAAUAAAAAGUCAAACUAAUACCCACACAUCAAAAGCUACCUCUCCAUGGGGAGACGAACGUCAAGUCCAACAACUUAAACAAUCCCUUCAAGCCAAACAUGAACUGAUUCACAAACAAAGGCAACAAUCUGCUGCCCGAUUUCUACAAAACCCCUCUGACAAUCAAUGUUUCCAGUACGUAUAUAUUCAUACCAAGGCUAGAAUUCCUAUCAAACAGCUACGUAAAAAGUUAGGUCGAUUGGAAAUCAAUAAAUACCGUAUUCUUGACGUUCACUAUCCUACUCGAAACAUUGUAGCUUUACUUGUCCAUAACGAUUAUGUUGAGGAACCUCGGGGACAACUGACAAAGUUCCAAAUUACUAUCAGCGAUGAUUUUAACCCCUGCGACGGUCGUAUUUUAAAAGAUCCUAAGCUUCAACAUGAAUCCCCUGAACAGCGAGAUCAAUUGGCUUUCUCUUUCCACUGUGACAGAAUUGAACGAGUUCUUGGAUUUAUCCGCUUCCCUGUCAAGUACUCUGUUGCUCGCUAUAUCUACGCUCAAAAUUGGAUUUCCAAAACUCGACUCGAUGAAAUCCUUGCAUCCGUUCCAUCCUCCGACAGUACUGACAUAUAUUGUACAAAAAAAAACUCUAAACAAAAGUUUACGAAUGAGGAUGUAGACAUGAGUGACUCCGAAAACAACGAUAAAUCGUUAUAA